GACCGAGGCCACUACUAUCCUUCAUACACAUGAAUGAUCAGCACCAUUAACGCUCUCAGCUGGCGGUGACGUCGUGUUCUCUGAGAUUCUCGUCACGCCACAGGGCAACUCGAAAGGCUGCGGUGUCGUCGAGUUCGCGACGCACGACCAAGCGCGCACGGCCAUCAACGAGCUCAGCGAGAAGAUGUUCAUGGGCCGCGCAGUCUUCCUGCGUCCGGACCGGGAGCAGAACGCGCGUUUCGGCGCUCAGCCGAUCCCGGGGCGCAUCGGCAUGGCGCUCGGCGAGGCGGCGACCUUUGGCGGCCAGCCGGCGAACCGCAACGUCUUUGUGAACAACCUCCCCUUCGGCGCCUCGUGGCAGGACCUGAAAGAUUUGAUGCGGCAGGCGGGCGAGGUGAUCCGCGCCGACGUGGGCAUGACGCCCGACGGGCGGCCCAAGGGCAACGGCACCGUCGUGUUCGUGGACGCGCAGGGCGCCGCUUCCGCCAUCCGCAAGUACAACGGGUACGACUGGAACGGGAGUGUGCUCGAGGUGCGCGAGGACCGCUUCGCUGCGGCGCCUGGGCGCGCCGUGCGCGCCCCACCCAUGCGUGGCGCGGUGAGGGGGAUGCCGCGCGGCGGGUUUGGGCGCGGCGGCUUCGGGGGCUUUGGGAGGGGAGACGGCGGAGGGUUCGGGGGCGGCUUUGCGCCGGGCUAUGGCGCGGGCGCAGGCUACCAGCAGCCGGCGCACGUGCAGCAGGGCUAUGGUGUGCCUGCCGCGGGCGUGGGUGCGGACGCAGACGGCGCCAACGGGGCAUAUGCUGCGCCAGUCGACGAGACGAUGGGCGAGCCGACAUCCGAGCCGAGCCCGCAGAUCUGGGUCGGUAACCUUAUCCGCGAAACGGCACACAUGGACCUCGUCGAGCUGUUCGUCACGGUCGCGCCUGUGGUGCUCGCCGAGAUCUUAAUGGAGGGCGGCGUGAGCCGCGGCGAGGGCAUCGUGCAGUUUGAAAGCGCUGCCAGUGCCACCGAGGCCAUUGCGAGAUUCAACGGGUACGCGUACGGCGGCGUCAACCUCGACGUGCGGUACAACCCGCGUUGGCACGAGUUUGGGCCCGACGCUGUGCGUGGGGACGAGGUGCGUGGCGCUGAAGAGUGAACAUGCUAGGAGGUGCAUCAGUGCAUAUCGAAGGGUAGCCGUGGAAGGGUAGCCGCUAGACGAUUGGACGGGCAGAUGUAGACAGAG